UCCUUGCUCGUCUCUACUGUGUGAGCUGCUCACACAGCGUCUCCUGAACAGUACACACCUCGUCAAUGGUAAUCAACAUCUCACGAUAUUAUAAAUAUGAAAUAUUUUUGUUGAAAUAUAUUCUCUGAGCCACAGUGAGAAACUAUUUUGGGUGCAUCCUUGGGUCAUGGCAAGCGCAGCUCCUGCUGAGAACAUGGACCGUGAAUUGACCUGCUCCAUCUGCCUGGACACGUUUGACUGCCCCUCCACACUCAGCUGCGGCCACUCGUUCUGCCUCCAGUGCCUGGAGGACGCCUGGAAGAAGACAGACUCCUACUGCUGCCCGCAGUGCCGCAAGACCUUCCCUCGACGACCCCAGCUGACCAGGAACGUGACACUCGCCAACCUCAUAGAGCAGCUGCGAGUGACUGAGACCAUGGCUGCUGCUGCUGGUGGUGUUGUUUUCUGUGACCACUGCCCAGAAGGCAAGACGCUUGCAGUGAAGACCUGCCUCAAGUGUGAUACAUCCUUCUGCACAGAGCACCUAACGCCUCACCUGGAGAAGAUGAAGUUUAAUGAUCACGUCCUGGUUUCACCAGAUGUGAACCCUGAAGCACGCAAGUGCAAGAGGCACAAACAGGAGCUCAUAUUCUACUGCAAGCAAGACGUGAGCCUCGUGUGCACAGUCUGUACAAUCGCUGGAGAACACAGAGGGCAUGAUGUUGACACGCUGGAGGACGAGCAUCAGACACGGAAGAGUGGAGUUGGAGAGGAGAUGCGAGCGGUGGAGAAGAAGAGGCUGGAGGCAAAGAAGUGCGUGGAAUGGAUGGAGGCCGCUCGCAAGGACGUGCAGGAUUGCAUGGUCCAGACCAAGGAUCGCAUCUCAGGUGAGUUCACCCGUUUGAGGGCGACGCUGGAUGAGGAUGAGAAGGCAGCUUUGGAUCGCGUGGACGUGAAGGGGCGUGAGCUGCUGUCCCGGAUCGAGGAGAACAUCACUCAUUACGAGCGAGAGAUCAGCGAGCUCCAAGCAGCAGCCACGCGCCUGCACGCUCUGCAGGAGGAGAGGGACUCGCUCACGUUCCUGCAGGUUCACCUGAAGGAGACAAACCGGAGAGACACUCAGAAGGAAGCUCCACACUCAUCUCCCAGCAAAGAAGACAUUGCCACGAUAAGCGCACAGCAGGGAGCUCUGAUCAAACUGCUGCCGUUCAUGUAUGGACGCUCACCGACUCUGGACCCAAACUCGGCCCACAACAACCUCCAGAUUUCCUCGGACCUCAGGACGGUGACGCGGACUGCUGUCUCCCAGGGUCGCCCCGAUCACCCACACCGCUUUGAUGUCUGUGCACAAGCCCUGUGCUCCGAGAGCUUCUCGUCUGGUCAGCACUACUGGGAGGUGGACGUGGGGAGUGCGGCGGGGGGCUAUAAGGUUGGAGUCGCGUACGGGACGAUCGCACGGAAAGGGCGUGGUAAAGAGUGCAGCCUGGGACAGAACCACUCAUCCUGGGUUUUAUAUAAAGAUGACAACAGCUGCUUCGUGCGUCAUGGUGGUGUAGCGAUCUCAGUGCCGGUGAGAGAUCCUCCCCGGAGAGUCGGGUGUCACCUGCACUGGGAGGCGGGGCUGCUGUCGUUUUACCGCGCCGACUCCAUGGAGCUGCUCCACUCCGUCCACCACUCGUUUCGUCAACCGCUCUACCCCGCACUGAGUGUGUGGGGUGUUGAUGGUGGCUCAGUGAGGAUUCUGCAUCUGAGUCGUGCUUGCUGAGAGCACGGAGUGUGAGCAGCGCAGAGAAACGGGCACAACGCUCAGACUCACGCACACAAAUACACAGAUCCCCCGUGUAGCCUUAACAGGCUGUUGGGGCAAGUGCUGUUAGCGAGCACCUAUGGGGCCGUCCAUGAAUGACGUCACGCACCUAGGGGGGGGGGGGGGUUAGAGAAAUGUGACGUCACGUCAAAAUGCGCAACUUAAAUCAAUAUAGAUGUAAAGUAGGAACUUGGCGGGACGACGACUUAACGGGUAGCACACUUUUAUUAACACCAAACUUAUUUACAAGUAUGGCCAACUGUAGCCUAAGCUGCGCGGUUCCCCCGGCUACACACCCACGGGUUCUUCCGCCCCGUAGCUUCUCGGGAACCCACCCCGGCUGGGGUAUGAGUCUCGACUCCUGGGUCCCACAGCCUCGCCCCACAUGGACGUCAGACCCCGGGUCCCACAGUCUCGCCUCUGAGCCGCACAGGGCCCCGGCCCUUACAAGGACAGCGGGACUAGGGGUCUCAGGGCCCUAUGUCUCCAACUCCGUCUUCGAUCUUCACUGGUUAACAACUCCCCGAGUGCUCCCGCGCGUCCUCCUUUAUAGUCCUCCGCUCCCAGGGAGACGGAGCCCAUGCGGACGUCGCUGAGAGCACCCACCCCAGUUGACCAAUCACCACGUGCUGUAGCCACGAUCCUUUUUCCCAUCUUGUGUCAGCGCACACAAGCACGCACCACGCGCUGCCACGUGAUCCAUCACUGUCAGCGCGCGUCACCACUAUACCACGCGAUGUAGCCACACCCGGCGCGCUCACACACGCGCCCCCCUUGUCAGCGCGUACCGCCACUACAUAGACAACACGUUCUACUUAAUUAAAUAGACUUUUUAAUGAAUGUUUUCUCCUACAGCAUCAGAGUGCAGCGCCACAUUAAAU